CUCAAUAAAGGGACACAACUAACGUGCUUCCGUUACAAUUCACGCCUGUUCCUCAAUGGCAUCUCGAAGGACUUUCAAACUUUUUGUGGGUAAUUUGCCAUGGACAGUCUCCAAAAAUGAGCUGUCAGAGUAUUUCAGCAAGUUCGGAAACUUGAGAAGCUCUUCUGUUGUAUUUGAUAACAAGACUGGUUUGUCCAAGGGGUAUGGUUUUGUGGAAUUUUUAAACAAAGAUGGCUACACAGCUGCCGUGUCUCAGGACCACCAUUUAUUAGAAAAGAACAAGCUGACACUGGGGCUAGGAGUACGCCCAGCCUUGAAUAGACAACUUGAAAAUGAUGACAGUGAAUGAUCUUUACAUGUUAUUGUCUUUUUUUUUUUUUGGUGGGGGGGGGGGGGUGUUAUGUGAGAUUGCGGAAUGUUAGAAGGGGGAAAGGUAGUGUCUAGUAUGCUGAAAUGUGCCAGAAGUUUGUCAUAAUUAAAAGUCCACAUACAAUAAAAAUUUUUUUCAUCUGAA